AUGGCAGGAGGAGCAGCGCAAUACUCGCAGCAGCAAAUAAUCAAACCGGUACACCCACUCGGGAGACCCCUGCGAGUUUGCAUCAAAAUCGAAGGAUGUAAAGGCCCCUUUCCAAUCGGUUGCACAUCUCAAAAUCCUGGCAACUCCUAUCGUGUUCAUUUCUGUUGCAUCACAAUCAACUAUGCAUGGCAUCACAUCUACUCUGCACCAGCCCCCGAAGGAGACGAAGACCUUCUAGGAAGUGUGCGGUGGGACGACAUACUAUACCUUGAUGAUUGUUUUGAACAGUCUCACAUCGGCAUCUAUCUAGUUCACGACGAUUCUUUCGGUCAAUCUGGAUACCCCAGUUUUACUGAAGCUAAUCCCUGGGUUUGUAUGUCUAUGGACAAAUUCCUUUCAACGACGGAGGUAGUGUUAUGGCCCCACAGCGACAAGCUGCAGACAGGUGCCCAUCACUACCUACUGCGUUUCUCUGCGUUCAGAGUCCAUGAUAAGGAGCACAGUGGCGACAGGACAUAUAUUCAACGGUUGAUCCCAGACUGCAUUUCCGAAAGUGACGAACUCCCGCUUGGACCGAAGUUGUCUGCAGGCUCAUGGGACACCAUUGUCUCUCGGUCGACGAAAUUCGUACAGAAAUUGCAGGGAUUACAGAUUCAAUCUGUACAUGGUCUCUGGAUGCAAGCGGAUUGCUGGUCACUAUGCCAGUCGUUUUUCGAAACACGCGGAGGCGUCAAUGAAAAUGUCGACAGGAUGCUUCUCAUUCUGAUGCGGGCUAUGUAUGCCAUCGAUCAAAUACCGGAAGUAUACCUCGAACAGAGAAGAGGGGACCUUUCGGAUAUUCUAGACGAAAUGCAUGCUUCAAUGCAGAAUAUAGUCCGUGUCGCUAGAUAUAACAUUCGAUAUCAACCUCAACGCGAGCAGGCAGUCUCAAGACUCACAAUCAUUAUCGCAACCCCCGGACCAACCUCAGGACCGAGCAGCACUUCUGCGACCGCUAAUGAAGCUAUCAUCACCAAAACGAUGGCCAAAGACAUACUUCUGCUGGCAUUGGAGGCUCUUGCGUCAUCAGCGGACGCCUUUCCGCCAUUGAAGAGCGCGGUUGGCGGACUUCUAUUUCUGAUAGAACACGCGGACCAAGCAGCAGGCAACAGAAAGCAGAUAAGGGAGAUCUAUGGACGCGUGAAUGCACUGAUCACUGCGCUCAAACCCGUAUCGGUCAAAGGCAGUCCGAUCGUCUCCGAGCACUUGGACGCUUUUGACGUUCUGUCCCGAGCCAUCGUGCUGCUUCAAGAAGACCUCGGAUCGAUCGUGAGAGAGCGGAAGAACCGCUUUAAGCGAUACUUCAGCGCACGGCGGCAUCGCUCAGAACUACAGGACGUCAUCGUGCAGCUUGAGACGGCAAGCACUCGUUAUACGACAGCGGUGACGACGAUAACGGCGAUGACGACCGCACGCAUCCUGGUACAUGUCGAGACUUUGACUCGGGACAAAGGAAUCAGCCCGCUGCCGAAACUCGAGAUGACGCGCACGGACGCGAUUAUGUUUCCACCGGAGAUGAGUCGGAUCGAGGAGGUUUGA